GUGCAUAUCAUCGUGGAAGUUCUUUAUUUCAAACUUACCUCGAACCUGGCCAAAUUCUUGAACAGAUAGCUACGACUUCUUCUGAACAAUUGAAAAAACUUGUGAUUGAUAUUUCAAGUUUAUUUACAAAUGAAGAUUUAUCAAAGUUUUUUGCAAAAUGUUGUGGAGGACUCGAAUAUUUUGGAGGUGGUUGUUAUGGAUACAGAGAACAUGUCGAAGAUGAAAUUAUGAAAUAUGCUAGGAAGUGGGGUGUGGGUGUUGUUGGGAUUAGUUAUGAGAGUCGAAGUUUUGGAACGAUAGGAGGCUCGGUAGGUGGCCUUGGAGGAUUGCUCAAUGCAUGGGGAAAUGGGAUGGGGUUUGAUGGUGAGGAUGGAAGUGAGUUUGGAAAUGAACGACAUGAAAUGAGUGUCUUUAAUUUGCAUGUUAAGUUUGGAG